AUUUUUUUUUUUGUUUAUGUUCAAAGCUGCAGCAUUUCUGAUCGACAGAACACUUUGGUAACGGAAGGAGCAGGUCACCAUUAAGUUUUUCACUUUCGAAUUAGGCAUGUCAAGACGUUUCUCUUGGCUGCACUCGUUUGGCAGUCUCAUGGCCAAGAGAACGACGUCGAACUUUUCCACUUAUAACUUUGGACGAACUUCCUGCAUUGAGUGCUACACAACGAAUAACUGUAACAACUCCUUCAUCCGUAAAAACCGAACACAUAGAAAGUCACAAGGCGCAACAACCACACAGGACAGCAAGCUGGCUUCAAAUGUAGCCCACUGCAAGAAGAAAGUGUUGUCUGGGGUAAAGGGUUUGGCAACUUCGGGGAUUUGCUGCAGCACCAGGUAGCGUGGUAUUGGCGGAAAGUGGCUCGGGCCUGCUGCGUGGGUUCCUGCCUCCUUACCGCUUCCGUCCUCGCUAUCAAUCACAGCUGUCAAUUCUAAAAUAAUUUUGGAUAAGCUAUAAAAAUCAUUGUUUAGUUUCAUCGAUUAUUGGUGCGAUUAAUUGUAAUGGUGUAGAACGAGUCACUUUACAUUCACAUUCUGAAUAAUGAAUGUACCAUCAUAAAGAUUAUAUAAUAGUUUGUCUACAAUUAUUAAAUAAAUUUCAAGUUUAGUUUUAGCUACACCUUUUAUUAUUCUGCACAGCAAGUAUUUUUCCCACACUUUCUUCGUAGGUCUUCCAUUUCGAUUGUCGUAAGUUAGAUGAUGUACACUAUCGAAUGUAUUGAAUAUGGUGUUGACCACAUAGAACCUCGUUGACAGCAAAGAACCAAAGAUGUACCUUAAGUUUGGCAUUUUAGGCAUGUUUUGUGUGUGCUACUAAGAGCAUGUUUAAUAGUUGUAUGGUUGGGAUUUAAUAUGUUGUGAUAUAUUGUUGAAGGAGAAUGGCUAGUAAUUGGUCAUCCCCAAUUAGAGGACUAGUGGUCGUUGGUUCAAGUGUUGCUGUUUGCGGUUGUGCUUAUUUAAUCUACAGGUACUGGAAGCAGAGGGACGCGAGAAGUAUCGACGAAGGAUUUGAAGACGUUUCUCGUUUGGAAGACAAUCCUGAGAGAAGAGUCUUGGUGCUUGGUCUUAACAACUCUGGGAAGAGCACACUGCUAAAUCAAGUGACAACAGGGAGCACUGAUGUUAAAACUGUUAAACCCACUGAAGGAUUCAGGGUCACCAGUCUGCAAAACAAAGAUGUUUCGCUUAACAUCUGGGAGAUUGGUGGUGGACCAAAUGUGCGUCCCUACUGGAGUAACUUCUUGCAGGACACAGAUCUCCUGGUGUUCGUGGUAGAUGCAGCAGAUGACCAUAACUUGCCAUUAGCAUUUCGUGAGCUUAAGAGCCUUUUAGGAGAUGAAAGGCUAGCACAUGUGCCUCUACUUGUUCUAGCUAAUAAGCAGGAUCUCCCCAAUGCAAAAAACAGUGAGGAGAUUGCAGACAUUUUAGACUUGAACAGCAUUCCUGCUUCAAAACAUAAAGUUCGUGUUGUGGGUACUACAGCCAUACCUUCAACUGAAAUAGCGAGGCAUCCUUCAAUUUUGGAAGUGCAACAAGCUCUUUUCAGCAUGACAAAUGUCUAAGUAAAAUAAAUUUCUUUUGUAUAUUUAAAAUAAAUGGGUUGAUUGUGAGACAGUAUUUCACAGUAUCCUGCUGUUCUUUUUUAUGUGUAGACUAGAUGUUUUAUACAUAAUGAUUUCAUACUCUUGGAAAUAGGACAUUUGUGCUAUUGCAUUUGCCACUCUUUCAAAUGAGAUUUAUUGUACUUUUUUGUGUGUGUAAAACUGAAAUUUCAAGGCUGAUUAUUUAGAUUACAUUCCACGGGGUGUCUGAAGUGUGCAAAUGUGUACUAUGGACAUGUGUGAUUUUGUUAAUGACAAGAUUUUGAUUGGUAAAUAUGUCACUGUAUGAGCAGUUCUUGGCCUAGGAUCCUGUCAGAGUAAGACUUCGUUUUACAGAAGCAUUUUGUCAUCAACUGAGGCUCAGAAUAGUAAAAGUGCUUUGGAAUUAUCUGCUGUGUAUCUAUUAUCUGCUGGUGCAAAAUGAAACAAGGUGAUUGUUUUCCUUUAUGUUGCCAAAAUAUUAGUAUGCACAAGAUGAGUAAACUUAGUUGUGCUAAUGUUUAAAACUGAUUAUUUCAACAAAUAACUCUUGAAUUUUAAGAAAAAUUAAGGAAAGACAAAGUAAAAUAAAAUAAGGAAAAAGUGUUGUAGCUAUGAAUGAGAGAGAUGGAGUAAAAUCUGAGCUUGAUGAAUUAAAUUUAAAGUUUUCUUUUUCAAUUCUUGUACUCCUUUUUUAGAAUGUUUAUUUCCACUUGUUAAAUCCAUUUUAUCAAAACUCUUAAUUUCAAGUGACUUUUACAGAAUUUACGAGUCUUAAGUUCAGUUCCAAUAAUUCAGACUGUGCCAGCAGCUUGGAGCUCUUAAACCAAUUCUGCAGUUUUUUUUAUUUGUAAUAGGCCUACCGAAUCUCAGUUUUUGUAAAUAUAUAAUAGAGAAAGAAACUGAUGAUGAGACUGAGGAUUACUGGUCCUGUUAACAUGACUUGAUGUAACAUUCUUGACUGCCUGUCUCAGUACUUUGAAAUUUUUAUUAAACUACCUGAGGUAUUCUAUCAGUACCUUCUUGCCUUAUGUCUGGUAACAGGCAGUCUCUUAUAUUUAAUCUAAAAUAUCUAUUUAUUAAUUUUGUAAAUGUAUAUCAUUAUAAUAAAAACUAAUGCAUUUACUGUAUUGUGUGUUUUAUAUAUCUGAAAAUGUUCAACGUAAACUCCAUGCUUUUAGAUACUUCGCAUCUAAAUUUUAUCACAUUAUACCAAUCCACUGUCAUAUGCCUUUGUGACAGAUCUCAAAGGUUCAGCUAAUAGAUUGCAGCAUUUUAACCAGCUUUGAUUUCUUAGAUCAUUAUUUGCAGAAAAACAUUAUCUUGUGAAAAACUAUUCAAAGAUAAAGUUGUAACUUUAA